AUGGUGUAUGACGAAAACUCAAUAUCGAGUAAGAGAUCAGUAAAUAAUCAUGAAAGAGGAAGGAAAAUGAAUGUUGAGAAGACCUUCGCCGGAACUCAUAAUAGUGCAGCGUAUAAUCUAACUUAUGAUUGUGAUAGUCUCGCCGAUGCUUGUAAACUUAAAUAUGCUUCAAAUUCAUGUAACGAACAAUAUGAAACUUGUAAAAAUAAUCGAACGGCAAGUUGCGAUAUUCAAGCAAAUGUUUUUAAAAAUUGGAAUCCUACUUUUUUUCAAUGGACUGGCGAUUUAUUUAAUUCCAUUUGUAAAACGAGUGAUAUUUUAUGUGUUGCUUGGCGUACUGUAUGCAAAGGAUCGGGAAAUGCAUGUGAAUUGCUAAGAGAUGCUUGUAAAAAAGAUUUUUCUAAUAGGGUUUUAGAAUGUUUAUGGGAAAAUAAUCAGGGUUAUCCUAUUAAACAGCAACUUGAAGAUGUAGGAAAUGGAAGUGUAGUAUCCUGUCAUGGAGAGCGUUUGAGACGUGCGCUAGGAACAAAUUUAGAUUCAAUAUUUUUAGAUAUAAAAAAAUUUAUGGAAGAUAAUCCUAAUGAAAUCCUUAAUAUAGCAUUUGGUGAUUAUGAUGGACUUAAUGGGACAUUUGUAGCUAAUUAUAUUCAAGACAAAUUAGAAUAUUAUUUUGUAAAUGGAUCGGGAUAUUCAUUAAUGUUACAAGAAAAAAGAGGAUGGCCGAAAUUAAAUAAAAUGAUUGAAAUAAAUCAAAGAAUUGUAAUAUGGUUUGGUCGUUUAUAUUAUUGGUUGUGGUUGAAUAACACGCGUAAAGAUUGGGUACAUAGUAUUAAUACCCAUUUUACCGUAAGUUAUACUUAUACAGCGGGUGAUUUAACUGCUCAACAAUUAAAUGAAAGUUUUAAUGGAUGGAGUAAUAAUUCUCAGAAUGUAAUAGCUGAUGAUUUAAAAAAUUAUGGAUAUAUUCGAUGGCAAACAAUUGAUGUUACGUGA